AUGAAAACGACCAAGCACCCCGCGAUACUUCUCCUUUUGGCCUGCUUGCCCAGCUUAUCCUGGGCAGCACCCGCAGUGCAUUUCACAAGUCCCGAACCGGAUGACCUGGAGGCCUAUCCCACAUCACCCAGCCAGGUAUUGCCCAUCCAGCCUGUGUUGAUUUAUCCCAAAACAAGGGAGAAUCUCUACCAGGCUCGCACCCUGGCUGGCCGAAAUGAUGAACAGGACAUCAUCUUCGUGAGGCUUCUGCAGGAUAAGUCCAGUGCCUAUCGUCCCAAGCAGCAGCGUCUGGUCCUGGAGGAAACGAAAACAUCCCGUCGCAAGGAUAUUAACAUGAAGGACAUAUUCUAUGUGAAGGCCCUCACUAAUGGGCGUUUCAGUCACGAACGCUUGAAGGUCUACAGAGUCCCAGAAUUCUACGCCAUCAGUGUUUUCAGCAAUGCGGAAAAGUAACUGAGGAGGAUCUCGGGGGAUUAAUCACAAAAAACAGGAGUAAUUUAGGUUAUUUUUAAGAUGCUAUAAAUAAAUAUCUCAGGAGAGCCAAA